GGGGAAAAGAAAAAAAUAUAUAUAAAACAAAGCUGCACGUAUUCCCAAAUUGUAUUUUGUCAUUAAAAUAUUUAGAUAUAUAUUGGCCAAAUAGUAUGUAGUUUGGAAGUCGGUAUCAAUCUGCAAAUCCUUAGUUCCGUAUAACUUCCGUUGGUCCUCUAGAUCUACUUCCGUAUGCCCUUUCUUCCGUCUUUGAGAGUUGGAGUGAUCAAACACACUUCUCAUCAAUAAUUCUUCCCGGUUGAACUCCAGACGGAUGGAAUCCCCGACACAGGGAACCUAUCACCUCUUUAAACGACCCACAGAUAGAGAAUCCAAGUGUUGGGAAGUGUGAAAAUGUGUGCAAAGCCGACAACUGUACACGUCGAAGAACUACUUUGUAGGAGACAAGAGGAGGAGAGACAACUUCAAAUGCAUCCUCGAGUUCUCUUACAGAAUAUUGCAGAUGUUGAUGAAAAAUACCUUGGUCUUGUGCGGGAGCAGCUGCCAGAGUUCCUUCAAAUUAAAGAGAAAGACAAGACCGAAACCUCACACAUCAAAGAAGAAGAAGAGGAGUAUGAUAUAACCAAAUUGCCAUUGACUCUUGUCCCUUUGAAGAGUGAAGAUGAAGACAAUGGUUGGAGUGGCGGGAACCAAGGGAUGGAGCCUCCAGGCAGGAGCUUAAGUCUUCUCAUGGCAGAAGGUGAUGAAGUGUGUAACCUAAUAGCGCCGCUAUCAGAUAGUGAUGACGUUGCUGACACGGAUGAUGACAUUGGUGAACACUCAAUGGGUGGUAUGACAUUUCUCAAAGAUACCAAUUGCUGUACUGUGUGUGGGAAAACAUUUAGUUCAAAGGGCAGUUUGAAAGUUCACAUCAGAACGCACACAGGAGAAAAACGUUUUUCCUGCGCACUUUGUGGAAAAACAUUCUCCCAGAAGGCACGAUUGAUAACACAUGAAAGAACACACACUGGAGAAAAACUUUUUGUAUGUUCUUUUUGUGGGAAAAGAUUCUCGGAAAAGUCAAGCUUGACAACACACACAAGAACACACACUUGCAAGAAACCUUAUGCCUGCUCAGUUUGUGGUAAAGGCUUCUCUCUAAAUUCAAGUUUAAGAAGACACACAAGAUCGCACAAUCGAAAGACGACUUUUUCCUGCUCAACGUGUGGUAAAACUUUUGCCGAAAAGGCACAUGUAAGAAGACACAAUAGAACGCACACCGGAGAGAAACCCUUCACCUGUUCAUUUUGUGGUAAAAUCUUUUCCGAGAAGGCAAAGAUGGCAAUACACAUUAGAACACACACUGGAGAGAAACCUUUUUCCUGCAUAAUUUGUGGUAAAAACUUUUCUAUCAUGGGAAAUUUAACAACACACAAAAAAACACACACAGGGGAAAAGUCCUUUGCCUGCUCAGUUUGUGGCCAUAGAUUCUUUCAAAAGGGAAAUUUGAUAAGACAUACAAAAACACACACUACGGAGAAAGCAUUGGCACGCCUUGAGCGCUCUAAAAGAUUGUCUCGUUUUGCCCGGAGAAGAAAAGCGUAUACAAUGAUAUAGUUUUGCCUAGGAGGCAAAUGAUCCUGACAAAUUAUUCCGAAUGUUCCUAUGAGGCUUAUGCAGGUGUGGGUAUCUCUUGCUCAAUGUCUUAAUUGUUUAGACCUGUGAUAAUUUGGCCGCAACCAUUUCUGUGACGACCUUGAAGUCAAUUAUACUCACAUUGGAUAGUGCAAACAUACAGACUUAAACACAGGUAUAAAGAAGCGACAAAAAAUAGGCACACUCGCUAGUUACUGUACCUGUACAGCCUGUCGCUUUCUUUAUUUUCAAUUCAAUUUUAUUUUAUUGUUCACAAAGUGUACAUCAUCUUAUGCUGAGCUAGGAUCGUGUGUGAGUAAGGUCUCCUUAAGAAGCUACUCAAACCUUAUAGACUGGAGCCUGCGUACAUUAAGACAGUCAUAGGAAAAAUUAUAAGGAGCAGAAAGGGUGAAUUACCACACAAUAUAGUAUCCUCAUGAAAUAACAUACUGACAAACAAUAACAUUCAACACAUUACUACACAAAAAGAGAGAAAAAAAAAAAAGACUAAGAAAUACUGCCCUAGAAGAGAAUUUAUAACCUAUGUACAGUGAGGCAAAUAAGUAUUUAGUCAACCACUAAUUGUGCAAGUUCUCCCACUUGAAAAUAUUAGAGAGGCCUGUAAUUGUCAACAUGGGUAAACCUCAACCAUGAGAGACAGAUCGUGGGGGAAAAAAAACAGAAAAUCACAUUGUUUGAUUUUUAAAGAAUUUAUUUGCAAAUCAUGGUGGAAAAUAAGUAUUUGGUCAAUCCCAAAAGUUCAUCUCAAUACUUUGUUAUGUACCCUUUGUUGGCAAUAACGGAGGCCAAACGUUUUCUGUAACUCUUCCCAAGCUUUUCACACACUGUUGCUGGUAUUUUGGCACCUUCCUCCAUGCAGAUCUCUUCUAGAGCAGUGAUGUUUUGGGGCUGUCGUUUGGCAACACAGACUUUCAACUCCCUCCGCAGAUUUUCUAUGGGGUUGAGACCUUGAAAUGCUUCUUACAAAGCCACUCCUUUGUUGCCCUGGCUGUGUGUUUGGGAACAUUGUCAUGCUGAAAGACCCAGCCACGUCUCAUCUUCAAUGUCCUCGCUGAUGGAAGGAGAUUUUCACUCAAAAUCUCUCGAUACAUGGCCCCAUUCAUUCUUUUCUUUACACAGAUCAGUCGUCCUGGUCCUUUUGCAGAAAAACAGCCCCAAAGCAUGAUGUUUCCACCCCCAUGCUUCACAGUGGGUAUGGUGUUCUUCAGAUGCAAUUCAGUAUUCUUUCUCCUCCAAACACGAGAACCUGUGUUUCUACCAAAAAGUUCCAUUUUUGUUUCAUCUGACCAUAACACAUUCUUCCAGUCCUCUUCUGGAUCAUCCAAAUGCUCUCUAGCGAACCGCAGACGGGUCUGGACGUGUACUUUCCCCCUGGCAGUGCAGGAUUUGAGUCCUUGGCGGCGCAUUGUGUUACUGAUAGUAGCUUUUGUUACUGUGGUCCCAGCUCUCUGUAGGUCAUUGACUAGGUCCCCCUGUGUGGUUCUGGGAUUUUUGCUCACUGUUCUUGUUAUCAUUUUGAUGCCACGGGGUGAGAUCUUGCAUGGAGCCCCAGAUUGAGGGAGAUUAUCAGUGGUCUUGUAUGUCUUCCAUUUUUUAAUAAUUGCUCCCACAGUUGAUUUCUUUACACCAAGCGUUUUACCUAUUGCAGAUUCAGUCUUCCCAGCCUGGUGCAGGUCUACAAUUUUGUCUCUGGUGUCCUUCGACAGCUCUUUGGUCUUGGCCGUAGUGGAGUUUGGAGUGCGACUGACUGAGGUUGUGGACAGGUGUCUUUUAUACCGAUAAUGACUUAAAACGGGUGCCAUUAAUGCAGGUAAGGAGUGGAGCCUUGUUAGACCUCGUUAGAAGAAGUUAGACCUCUUUGACAGCCAGAAAUCUCGCUUGUUUGUAGGUGACCAAACACUUAUUUUCCACUCUAAUUUGGAAAUAAAUUCUUUAAAAAUCAAACAAUGUGAUUUUCAUUUUUUUUGUCCCACUUUGUCUCUCAUGGUUGCGGUUUACCCAUGUUGACAAUUACAGGCCUGUGUAAUAAUUUCAAGUGGGAGUACUUGCACAAUUGGUGGUUGACGAAAUACUUAUUUGCCCCACUGUAUGUUGGAAUUUUUAUAUGUACUGAUCAGAGUGCUUUUUAGCUUCGUUUUAAAGGUGGAGAUGGAUUUCAACACUUUUAGCUUGUCGUCAAGCUCAUUCGAAAUCUGAGGGCCUUUAGAUACGAUGCUCAGGCUGGUGCUAGCAAGUCUUUUUUUUUUUUCCCCACUGAUGAGGUCUUUGCUCCUGGCAUCAUGAAGAAGAGUCCAGACUUGAAUGAGCUCAGACAGUCUGCUAUUCAUAUUUUUUACAAUUUGGAACAUUAUGCAUGAGUUUUGAAAUAUGUUCAACUUAGUGAGAAGGAGUAAGCAAUGAACUAGGGAGUAGGUGGUGGCAGCAUUAAAACUGGAUCAGGACAUGGCCCUUACCAUCUUCUUUUGUAGGGUUUCUAGUUUCUCCAGGUCACCCUAUUGAAAACCUGACAUUACAGUAGUAAAUAUGGUGCUCAAACUAGGUUUUGUACAGGGUAAGAAGUGCAGUUAAAGGGAAAUGGUGACGAAUAGACCAACAUACAAGGUGACCCCAAAAAAAGUUUACACUUAGUUGACUGCUUGUUUAAAAGCCAUUGAAACAUAUCUAAAUAGGUUGUCAUGCUUAAAUGAUUCAUUAAGGUCACUCAAUGCAGCUGGUAAUCUCUCGUCUCUACAAUUCCUGUGCUUCUGCUGAAAAUGAAGAAAACUUUAGCUGUACCUGAAUUGCUGCGAGCCGGUCUGACACCUACUGAGAUCUCAGCAAAUCUGAGAAUAUCCAGAUGUGCAGUCUACAAAGUUAAAAAGAAGCUGAAAGAUACUGGAACAGCCUCACAAAAACCUGGGUCUGGAAAACCCGAUCUGUGCGGACCAAAAAGUUGAUUGACAAGGUGAUAUGUGGCCACCCUAGAGUCCAGAUCUCAAUCCCGUGGAUUAUAGCAUAUGGGCAACUGUGGAGGACAGUGCCUGUAAGAAGCCACAAACUUCUGUGGCAGCCUUGGAGAGGUCCAUUGUUAGAUCUUGGGAAAAGAUGACAGCAUCCUACUUAAAGAAGACCUGUCAAGCGUUCCGCAGGCGCCUGGAGGCUGUUGUGACACUUAAGGGAAAAUAGAAAAAUAGAAAAAAUAGAGUGUACUGUACAUUUUCUUUACAAUAAUGUAUAAUUUGUGAUUAAAUUCUAAUUCUGAGAUGAAUAAACAUGGCAUUAAAGUUGUAUUAUGGCAGUGUAAACUUUUUUUGGGGUCACCCUGUAUUUGGGGAGUAUUGAUAUAGGUGCUCUCUAUGGCUUUUGAAGUUGAGAGACUUGUCAAAGAGGACUCCCAGGAACUUUGUGGAAUCGACCUGUAAUAAAAUGUUGUUUACUUUCAGACAAAUUCUGUUUCUAUCAAUUGCUUUCUUAUUUGAUCGAAACGCAAUGUAAUUGGUUUUGUUGAUGUUAAGGGAAAGUUUGUGUCACCUGAGCCAGCUAUUUGUUUUAACUCUGCAUUUAAAAUGUGCUGUAGAGCUAAUAAGUUUUUAUUUGAACGAAACAAGUUGGUAUCAUCAGCAAACAUAAUCGUGUAGUAUGUCAGAAGAAUUAACAAAGUCAUUAAUGUAGAUUAGAAAGAGCAGUGGGCCCAAAAGUGAACCCUGGGGGACCCCAUAUUUUAUUUCCUUUUAUGUGAAAUAGGAUUAUUAAUAGAAACAUACUGUUGUCGGCUGAACAGGUGACUUCUGAACCAGUUGUAUGCUCUUCCUGUAAUACCAUAAUGAUGCAUCUUCUCCAGUAAAAUGUUAAGGCCAAUAAUGGUAUCGAAAGCCUUGGGUAAGUCUAGAAAAAUGCUAACUCCACACUUGCCCCAUUCAAAGGCAUUUUUUUUCAACAUGAUCCAAAAUACCCAUGCAUGUUGAACUCCUCUUCCUGAAGCCAUAUUGUGAACUGGUUAGAGUAUGAAACUUGUCUAAGUGUUCACUUAGUCUUUUGUACACAACUCUUUCCAGUACCUUAGAGAGAGUUGGUAGAACAGCUUUUCUCCACUUAUGGCACAGACUAUGCCCGUUUCACUUCUUGGAUCACCCUACACUGUGGAUUUCUACAAUAAGCUCUUGUUCACAACCUCCUGUUUGUACUAUGUAAAGCUGAAAACUGGCAAACAAUACUUCUUGCGUAUACAUGGUGGCGUGAAUUCUGUAUAUUACCCAUGGAAGAAUGGGUAUUUCUGACUUUAUGGGUAAGGGUAAAUCUGGAAGACUCCCAUUUGAUUGCCUAAAACAGUCCUGUCAUUUCUUUGGGUUUUUGUUUUCCAAAUUAUCAAACAGGAUUAUUUCCGCUUGGAUGCACAUGAUAAAGGUGUUUCCUUGCCCUUUAACUGAACGUAUUGUCACUGCUGCGAAAACGUUAAGAAAAUAAAUAUAUC